AUGAUAACAAGUAACAACAACUUGUAACUUUUUUGGGUGUGAAGGUGAACGACGGUGGCACGUACGACGGAACUCAAAUCACGUUUGAUAUUAUUGUCUAUUGUAACGAUUUACGAUAACGAAAUUUAAACUAGUAAUUACUAAUUAUUCAGUUUACAAUUUACAUUUUGUUUUGUUCGUGAAAUGUGUCAGAUGUCUUACUCUUGUUAUUGUCAAGAUUAAAUUUAAUCCAUUUCUUUUCUUUUAAAUAAUAUUGUCUUUAUUCCGCCGAUUGAAAGUUGUGUGUAGUAUUGUUUACUACACGAUUGAAAAUAUGAUUUUCUUUAAUAAAUUGUUGUCGGUUAUUGCAUUAAUCACAGUUAUUAUAAACUCAAGUGAGUCCUUGGAAUGUUAUGUUUGUACAAACCAAGAUCAAAACCAUGAAAAAUGUUUGAACACAAUUAAGACAUGCGAACCAGAAGAAGAUAUGUGUUUAUCAGAAAUUAGUUGGGGAUCUCCGCCAUAUUGGGUUGAGGGAGGGAUCAAACAAUAUUAUGUAUCAAAGAGAUGUGCCACGAGGGCUACAUGUGAAGCUGUAAAAACUAAAACAAUGCCCUAUUGCACAUACUUAUGGUAUCAAGAUUGGAAAUGUGCUGAAUGUUGCUUAGGCGACCGUUGUAAUUUCUACAUCACUAUGGGCAGUAGUGCGGUAAAAUCCAAUCUGAUUAUGUUAUUGGGAUGCAUCGCCGUGUUGAUUGGUUUCCAUGUAACCAAAACCAUAUAGUUUAAUUCAAAAUGGUUGUGUUCUGCCUUAAGACAGUUUUUUUAUAUACUGAAUUUUUUUUUUGUAAUAAUUUAAUACUAAAAUAGCGUUUAGUACUUUAAUUUAUCUGUAGGUCACAAUAGUUUCUGCUCUAUUUUAAUUAUAAGUAUUUAUAUAUACAGUGAUGUUUUUGAGGAUAUACGGCGUUACCCAUUUACCAUUUUGUGAAUUAGCGUAUGAAAAUAGUAUAAAUAUGCUUGUAGGUAUACUUUAAAAUUUAAAAUAAUUAAGCAAUCUGUAUUAUUAUUUAUUGUCAUAUGAUAUUUAUUAAUUAAUAAUUAUCUAUAAGUUGGAACCGUGUAAUAAAUAUUUAGGAUUAUUUAUCUCCAUGUGAAAGUAUAAGUCUUGGUAGGUUGUUAAUCAUCAUUCACGGCCGUGGUUACUGUAAUUAUUUUUUUUAAUAAGCUGCCACAGGGCAAUAAAACUUGCCUAGAGAAUUAUUAAAAGAGCUUCCUUUUGAAAGGUUGAAUCUUCAAGGUUGCAUAUGCCAUAUUUGUUUCAUUAAUUUAAGUUCAUAAAUGUUAUAGAUUUUUUACAAAAACACCACUGUAUAUAUACAAAUUUUAGCAGUAUUAUUUUUAACUGUAAGUGAAAAGUUCCGUCCAAAUAUCAGGUUUUGAUACAAACUUGUACUUAUUUCCGUCCAAAAUAUUGUACAUGUCUUAACAAUUUUUUAUAAUUAUAAUUUAGAAUACAUUUUGUAUGAUCGUGUUGGUAAUUAAUAUAAAAUAUUUUAAUUUGUA